UCCUCUCUCUCUCUCUCUCUCUCUCUCUCUCUCUCUAGAAAACACACAAACAUGUCAACACUGAAUCAUCUCUACGAUCUUCCAGACCAGAUUUGCUAUGUCCAGUGUGGCUUCUGCACUACCAUACUCCUGGUGAGCGUCCCAUGCAGCAGCUUGUCUAUGUUGGCCGUCACUGUCCGAUGUGGUCACUGCAGUUGCCUCCUAUCAGUGAACAUGAUGAAGGCCUCCUUUGUUCCCCUUCAUCUCUUAGCUUCACUUACCCAAGAUGAGCAAAAAGAAGAACUUUGCUUGGAGGAAAUGGUGGAGAAGCAAAACUCCUUGGACAUGCGCAGCCCAUCAAUGGUGAUUUCCAAUUCUGACAAUGAAGAUGAGGAUAUGAUCUCCAUGAAUCCCAUUGUUAACAAACCCCCGGAGAAGAGACAACGAGCUCCAUCGGCUUACAACCGAUUUAUCAAGGAAGAAAUCAGGAGGCUUAAGGCUGAGAAUCCAAGCAUGACUCACAAGGAAGCUUUCAGUACAGCUGCAAAAAAUUGGGCACAGUUCCCUCCAAUUCAGUACAAAGAAGAUGGUCCAGAUGGAGAGAGUUGCACCUGCAGCGAGCUGAGGGAGGAAAAUGUGGCAUGGGAAUCUGAUAUGCCUGAGGCAGUCCAAGAUGGCAAUGGUUUCCGCGAGAGAAAGGCCCCAAGGCAUUCCAUAUGGGCAAGGACACCCUUCGAGUGAAUGAAGACUUGACCUAAACUUCUAUAACAAGAAAGCUGUUUGAUUUUAAGGCCCACGAUUUAGGGUUCAAGUCAUUUGCUAUUUUAAGAGUAGAUUCUCUAGGGAAUGUGGUUUUCGUUUCAGAUAUUGAACAAAAGUCUUCACCGACUGCAGAAAGAAGUAGUACUCGAUCGAUUUGCUUUAGAUGAGCUUGCUGAUUGUGAUGGAAUUAAUAUAUUUGAUAUGGUUCAGUUAAACAA